CCGAAAUAAAGUGUUUUUUAGGUAUUUAAGAUGAAAACGUUUCGAAAAAUAUACCGGUUUCCGACCCCUGCGUUGAACCGUUAAACCGUUUAACUUUAAUAAUCAUUAUUUGUAUACUAAAAUUUUCCCUGUAUCGAUCCGUUCCGAUCUUUAACGUUUUAUAAUUACGAACGACGGUCAGUUUAGAUGUCGGGAGUUUAAAAUAAAAUUUACUCAUUCCGUAAUAUUAAAAAGCACGAUCACCGAUGGCCUCUUCGUGUUCGUCUAGCGGAGGAGAUGGACCGGGAGUGGCCCGUGGACCGGCCCGCGUACGCCGUGUGGGCGGUGGGCGCGCUGGACCGCGCGGGGGAGCCGGCCUUCCACCGCCUCUACCCCAAACGGGACGUGCUCAUAGAUUUCGGGAAGAAGCCGGCCGAGAACGACUGUUUCGCUUUCACCAUGUGAGAGGUGGAGCGCGGCGGCGUGGCGGCGUGGGAGACGGCGCAGCUGACGGACCCCGCGCUGCGCGUGUUCCAGUUCCGGCUGGGGCCCGCGGGGGGCGCGCGGGGCCCGGCGGGGCGCGAGGGGGCCCGCGGGGGCGCCGCGCUGGCCUGGUACGUCAACGGGCAGCUGGCGCCCGACAUCCAGCUGCGCCGCGGCCUCAAGUAUACCUUCCAGGUGCGUGCACAUCACCGCCCUCUGUUCCAGAACUAAAAUUAUAUAUAUAAACGAUACGAGAUCAUCUGGUUCGCAAGCGAGAAUGGGAAUUCGCCAGGGAUUUAUUCCAGGUCCCUUUCUAUUUCUAAUAUACAUAAAUGCUUUGCCAUUCUUUGUCGGACCUCUAUGCGACUCUGUACGGUUUGCAGAUGACAUUUCUUUAAUAUUUAAUGUUGAGAAACGUAGAAAUAUAUUUGACGAUGUAAACAAAAAUUAUGACUCGGUUUACUCAAAACUAAUACAAAUUAAACUCGAUGAUGAAAAAUUCGAGUCGGUCGACUCAACGAUCUUGGAAAAGAAGGCAAAAAAUUCGGCAAGGGCUACUAGAAAUAAAACGGAGAAACGAGCGGCCCUCGCCGAGUUUUUCGCCUUCUCGUCGGGACGAGUCUCCCGCCGUAGAUUUAGGGAACGUCGAGUGUGGGGGGGCAACAACCCGCACUCGGCCACGGAGUACCACCCGCUGAUCAUCACCGUGGACCCCGACGGCGGCCUCGAGAGACUGCCGGAGGGCGUGCAGCGGCGCGCGCGCGUGCUGGCGGGCGCGCACGCCCCGCGCCGCGGCCGCCUCGCGCCCACCGCCGGUACGUCAGCCAACUGUUGUUUAUUUAAUAACUAA